AUGCGACUCACUCUGAACCUAGCGGCCCUAGCCGCCGCCUUCUCCUCCGCCCUCGCCGCCCACCAAGGCUUCAACUACGGCGCCUUCUUCACCGACAACUCUCCCAAGAUGCAAUCCGACUUCGAAGCCGAGUUCCGAGCGGCCCAAAACCUCCAAGGCGCACCAGGAACCGGCUUCAACAGCGCGCGCCUCUACACCAUGGUCGAGGUGUGGAGAGGUGCUACUCUGAGGGUGCCUAGACGUUUUGAAUGGCCCUUUCUCCAGAACUAA